UUCUCCAGUCGUCCUCCUAAUCCUCUACCCAUCCCUCUCCAGUCAUCCUCACCCAUCCUUCUGGCUCACCCAUUUCUAUCAGUGCGACACGAAAUGCGAAAUUAACAGACAUUCACUCACGCUCCUCACAGCCAACCAGUCCACCACGCCAGCCACCAGCGUCUACUCAGACGAAUGCCAGUGUACGACUUGUACGAUUCACCAGCCGCUCGCAGUCUCCACGUUCUUGUGGCGCUUUCCCUCAUUUUCUUCACUAUCAUCUAUCUCAUCAAGAUCAUCAUUCUUGACGUCUACACCGUGGAGAACCAGCACAAACUAGCCCAAGAAUCACACGCUGCCUUGAAGGCACAAGCACGCGCAAGAGACCACCAGCGCAACGAGCUUCUUGACCCCGAAUCCGAUCUCAGUGACUCCGAAUCGGUGCUUCCGUUGCCGUUCUACCAGAAACCCAACAACUCGUCCCAGUACUUGAGAAGAGACAGCUUUUCCACAUGAACUUCCAGAUCUACUUUGCCAGCGACUUGAUCCGUCAGCUUGCACGUCCCCAGCAGGGGUAUUACGUGGUGGGCUACAAGAUCGCCAAGGUGUACGUUGCCGUGCAACUAACAACUGAGCCAAUUGCACCACCACCCCAUCUCAGUAGCCUCACCAUCAUCGGCUCGUUGGGACUUCCACAAGUGGGGGACUUGCAGUUCGGUUAUGACCCCACACUCAAGGUGCCGUACAUCGAUGUCCACGACGAUUGCACCUACUCGAUUAUCUUAUUCGAGCCACCUAAUUUCAACAAUUUGGAGUACCUUUCAGUGAGGCCCAUUUUGCUUCAAUCGAUGGGUAAAGAAUCGACCCCAAACGAGCAGGAUAAGUACACCGCAAAGCUCGAGAUAUUCGAGCCUUCCACUGAACAUGUGGAACACAAUUCUGUUGCCAGUUCCGAGAUCAUGGACAAGAUCAACCUGGUCUUGAAAACCAGAAUCGACCUUCAGGCAUCCCAAAAGAAGCACCAGGCCCCAAAAUCUGGGUCCAUACAUCCCUUGGUCAGGAUCAUUGUUCAGUUGGUCACUUUCCUCCAACGAAUAAUCAUCUGGCUGAUCUGGACCCUCAACUACAAGGUGUACGGAUAUAGCUUGGUUUCUGUCUCCAACGUGGUGCGUCAAUUGGACUUGAGAUUGAAACAGAUCAAUUAUUUCCCCAUCCAAUUCUUGUGUUACUACGAUAAAAGCAUUCUCUACAAUGAAGACAGCCCACUUUUGAAGAAUUUGAAGCUUCCGAUAUUUAACUCUGACUUGAACAUCAACAACUCGAAUUAUAUUAAUCUUCACAACUCAGCAUGGCUCAUGUUCAACGACAUCUUGAUGGGUGUUUUGGUCCAUGAUUUGAUAAUCCAAAAUUUCGAUACUGUCACUACAUUUCUCCAUAAAACGUUCAUUCAAAGAAUCCUCUACAGCGAGAUUUCCACCUUGAUUCAUUGGAUUGCAACCCAUCAUCCUGCUGGUUUUAAAUUGAACGAUGA